AUGGAUUUCGCAUACGACCACAUCCAAGAGGAGAUCCUAGCUUCCAACCAAUCCGACAAGCGCGAGGACGGAACCCCCUCCACCGACUCAAAGAACAUAGACCUCGGCGCCGAAUUCGAAGAGACCUUUCGAGCUUUCUCUAACAGUCCAUGGGGUGCAAAGAUCGGUGGAUUAUGGAGUAAUGUGCGGAAACAAGGCGAGAGUUAUUAUGAAGGUGCUAGACAGGAAUAUGCUGCGGUGAGCGAGGAGGCAACGAAGGGCCUCUCCGGUCUUCGUGAUAGCAUCGUCGAUAGGACCAAGGGAAUUUCGCUAGGCGGUGCUCUCUCUGCGAUCAAUCCGGGCAACGAGGAAUCUUCGGGGGACUCUACAACGGAAGCCGCAGAUGACGAAAGCAAGACCGAAGAAGGCGAAGGGUUUAUUUCACGAUUCCGAGCUGAAGCAGCAAAACGACUGAAAGAAAUUGAAAAAGCAGAGGACGCAGCUGACGAAGCCCUGAUUCGAUUCGGUACAAACGUUCGCAAUUUCUUGCGGGACGCUGUCAGCAUUGCUCCGCCGGAGCAAGGGUCCGACAAGGUCCUCUUCGAGAGCAAGGAUUCAGAAGGAAAACGUGUCUUUCAUGCAACUCGCCUCGAAGCUCAAUUACAUGCUAUCCAUACGAAUUUGGAAGGUCUGAAGAAAGACCCCGAUACUGAGCAGUGGACUGAAUUCGACAAGGAGUUCAAUGUGGAGAGCAAGACAGAUGAUAUCACCAAGGAUCUCGAACAGUACCCUGAGCUGCGCCGAGCUAUGGAGAAGCUUGUUCCAGAGACUGUUGACUAUAGCGAGUUUUGGUCGCGGUAUUACUUCCUCCGUCUAGCUGUUGAGACGGAGGAGCAGAAGCGCAAGGAAUUGCUAAAGGGCGCCAACACAGCCGCCGACGAAGAGGAAGUCGGCUGGGACGAAGACUCAGACUCCGAAUCCGAAUCUCCAUCCACCCCGCACGUGAAAUCCAAGCCAAGCGCCGCAUCCUCCCAAAACCUCACCGUUGUAAAUGAUUCCAACUUAUUGAGCGAACCACGUCGAUCCCAUGACCAGCACUCUCAACCUGAUAGCGAGUCAAGCUACGAUGUCGUCAGUGGUGCCACCAGCCAGACUCCCGCUAGCCCUCGCGAAAAGUCCUCUGCAAAGGCUGAGGAGAGUGAUGAAGAUUGGGAAUAA